AUGGCUACUUCUACGGAGCGCAAGUACGAGUUCUUCGUGACGACAGACGAGCCACAUCAGCCAGCCGGUAUGGAACGAAGCACGAUCCGCCGGUUAGUGAUGCGGAACUACUUCGAUACCAAGAUGGCUGGGCCACAGCGCAACGUGCCUGAACAUAGUUCGACGAGCACAGUCGUGGCGGAGAAGCAGCUGAAGAGUCGUUUCCGGUUAUCUGAACCGGGAAACGAGAAGAAGAAGACUCUGAGCAGGCAAAGGGAAUACCUACACAAUAACAAUAAACGGGGAAAGAAAAGACCACAGGUUCUGAGAACAAGAUCUGGUCCUACACCGCUGUCCUCAAAAAUCGGUGCCGAAGACAGCGGGAUAGGUAAUUCCUAUGAGACGAAACACAGCACCAGUAGAAGAAACACUAGUGAGCCAGCACUCGAAAGACCAGUGCUAAAGACCGACCCCAAUAUCUAUCAUAUGGAUCCCUUUGGCGCUCUGCCGAUGCCAGACACGCCACAGCUAAAUGCGCUCUUCAGAUUAUACAAAGAUUCACCCAAGAACAACUCGGUCGGCCCUGAUGCUACGCACACAUGGAAGUCCUUUAUCUUGAAUGACGCUGGCUUGCUACAUGCUACUCUGGCAAGUUGGGCGCUAUACGGCAUGCUUGCGAAUGAGUCUCAUGAUCUGCGGGUGUGCGAACUCGAACACAAAAACGAAGCAGUUCGAACCGUGACCUAUAAACUUGCGAUGUGUCGGGGGAGCGUAUCUGACGAUGUUGUUGGUACGGUCCUAACACUGGCGAAUCUCGAGAAUCUGAAUGGAGCUUACGAUGUAGCUCAACUUCACCUCACUGCGUUGAGAGUUAUGGUCGAAGAGCGAGGCGGGAUACUUGCUUUUGGAAAGAAUGAUGGCUUGACGCGAGGUAUAUUAUGGGUAGAUUUUCAUGCGGCAGCAGCUUCUCGUACCACCCCGUUCUUUCCGCAUGUGUGGCUGGGGCCAGAUGCACCUCUUCCAGACAAGCUGCAUGACGAGGCAACAUACACAUCACCAACCUCUCUGCUUCAAUUAUCUUGUGCUGCUAUCGAUUGCUUCGAUAUCUUCUAUCGACUACACCGACUCGCGCUUGCAACAUCGUCGCACUGGACAGGCCGUGUUGCACGCGUGGCUCUAAGCAAUCUUCUCUACACUACUCAGUUCAUUCUCCUUUCAGUACCCGAUCGCUCGCAGGACUUUCUCAAAUUCGACCAGAGCAUCCGGGACAACAACAGUGAAUGUAACGAGUCCCAGAAACAUAGAGCAGAUGCAGCGAGUGUAGUUGAAGCCCUACUCGCAGCAGCUCUCAUCUUCAUUUAUGCGGUGCUGCGAGCGCUACCACCGAACACUAAGAUAUUCGCUAUCCUUCUGCGGCGACUGCGCACCGCUAUAGAUCGACCAAAUACAUCAGUGCUAGAAACAUGGAAACGCGAGAAGAACCUCAACAUGUUGCUUUGGGCUCUGGUCGUGGCAUGUUCUAUUGCAACAGAUGCAGAGCGAACGUGGUGGACCACACAACUCUCGGGGGUGUGCAAGGAAAUGAACAUCGGCAGCAGAGAGCACCUCGAGCACGAAAUGCGGCGCGUGGCAUGGACGGACUCAUUUUUCGAUGAUAGGAUUGAUUGCAUUUGGGCAGAGGUGACUGGAAGUAGGUAG